AUGGAGGAGCCCAAGAGCCAGCCGGUGACUGUGUCGGUCCUGACCCUUGGUGCAUCAGAAGAGGAGGCCAUUCUGAUCACAGUACCGUCCCACGUGUCUUUGGGUGAUGUGAAGAAGGCUUUGGCAGACUUGUUUGAUCGACCUGAGAUUUUCUCCGAUGGGCGCUUUCUGAAGCAAAUGCCAAAUGGUGCCACUGUCAACAUGCAUGACAACCAAAAGCUUGGUUCGAGGAAACAGCUCAUUUAUGAAGGUCCUGCACUUGCUUUGGCACCGGAGGCUGUACCUUUGCUUACAUUGGAGGACUUUGACGGUUUUGAUGAGAAAAUUGAGGUGGAGUCUCCGCGCUCGCUUCGCGCACUGGAACUUCAGGGAGUUUCUCCUGAUGGUACGCUCUCUGGGACCGCGCGUUUUGGCCGCGCAGGGUCGCGCGAAAUGCUGGCCGCGGGACGGUGCUUGACGGAGGCGCCAAGGAAACCUCGUGCUUUGGUGGUCUAA